GAGCCCGGAGCCCCAUAAUCCUCUGUUCCUUCUAUCUCCAACUGGGACCCGUACAGAUCUCUGGCGAAGAUGGCGGUGGCCGUGGUUGGAAUCCUGGGCCGCCGGCUUCGGCCCCGAGCUGGCCAGCUGCCCACCAUCCAGACUGUUCGCCGUGGCUCCAAGGCUGUCACCCGACAUUUUCGAGUUAUGCACUUUGAGCGACAGAAACUGAUGGCACUGACCCAGUAUAUCCCCCCCAAACCUGCCAUUCCCCCAUGUUGUCUGCCCCCCCCUCCCAAGCCACCCUCGGAGGAGUUGGGCUUGAAUCAACUGCUCCGAAGGGAGGUCACAGAAGUUUUCAGAAAAAACCGAAUGAUUGCUGUGUGUCAGAAUGUGGCUCUGAGUGCUGAGGACAAGCUCCUUGUCAGGCACCAGCUUCGGAAACACAACAUCUCUGUGAAAGUCUUUCCCAAUUCAAUCCUGAAGCCAUUCCUGGCGGAAUCCAAGUACCAAAACCUGCUGCCUCUCUUCGUCGGGCAUAACAUGCUGCUGGUGAGCUCAGAACCCAAGGCCAAGGAGAUGCUUCGGGUCUUGAGGAGCAUGCCUGUUCUGCCACUACUUGGUGGCUGCAUUGAUGACACCAUCCUCAGCUAUCAAGGUUUCCUGAACUACUCCAAACUGCCCUCACAGUCUUUGAUGCAGGGGGAGCUGGUAGGGGGCCUGACUGUCCUGCCAUCUCAGACCCACUCCCUCCUACAGCACCAGCCCCUUCAGCUGACUGCCUUGUUGGAUCAGCACAUCAGACAGCAGCACAAAGAGGACAGUGAAGUGCCCAGUGCUGGAGAGCUGGCUUCCCCUGACCCUGUAACAGACACUUAGCUGGGUGGGGCUCAGCGUCCAUAAAUGUACUUUUACCCAAGA